CAGACAGGUGGAAGGGCCAGAAACCUCACUGGAGAACUGGGGGUAUGUCAGGGGCCGCCCCAGCCUGCCCUGCUGAGCUCUGGCUUCCUGAUCUCAGCCUCUGCUACAGAUGCUCCGUCUGACCCACCCAAGCCCCAGGGCACCCCCGUCCAACCAAACCGCCCAGGUGGAUGCGACCCGGAACGUGGCGACCAUCCGGGUGACCCCGGCUCAGAGCAACCGCAGCUGGGCAGUGCUGUUCGAUGGGCAGAGCGGCUGCGUCUGUUACCGCCCCUCGGAACACCGGGCCUGCUUCCUCCGCCUGAUGGAACCCCAAGAUCGCGAGACCCUAGAGCUGCUGGUGAACAGCUCCAGGGUAAGCGGCCCCACGCGGCCAGGGUCCUGGGUACAGGGGACAAAGGGUCCUGUGUAUACCCCGGCCCUGCGGCGGAAUGGAGCUCUGGUUUCAAGGAACAGAAGCUCUGUCUUCCCUUGGCUGAGGCUGAUGACAAGAGCUGAGGGUGGCGAUGGCCCCGGGCCAGUGUGUCCGGGGCUGGACCCUGCCCCGGGCAGGGGAAGUGCAGGUGCCCCUGUGCCAUGGCCCACCAGAGUCUUCUCUGCAGGCCGGAGGGUCCCACAGCGCCAGCCGGGACACCCGCUAUGCCCAGGAGCUGCUGGCAGUGCUUGGGGACCGUGAGGUGGACCCCACCCAGGUGGGGGAGUCGGUGCGGCACCUUUGCACAAAGACCCCCAUUUACUGGGCCCGCCGA